ACGUUUUGACAACCCUAUAAAAUUAGUCAAAGUUUCCUGCGUUGUAAAAUCGUCACAACAGACUUGUAUGCAUUACUCACUUACUGUUUACUCUAGAAUAUAAAAACACUACGGUACGGUAUAGCACUAAACGACUCGCAAUCAAAAUCACAGUCAACAUUCAACACCGGCAAGCGACAGUUGUUGAAACAAUGGUUUUUCGUGUGCUCGUAUUUUUUACCAUUAUCGGCCUAGCGCAAGUAGCGCAAUGCAAACUGCUAAAUUUGUCGUGUCAGCAAAUUCACCAAUUUGUGGAUGGUCACAAUUCAAGGCGCCUCGAAGUGGCAAAUGGCAAAAUAAACAGUCAACCAAGCGCUGAAAAGAUGAAGUCAAUGAUUUGGGACGAAGAACUAGCCGCUAAGGCGGCGCAUUGGGCUUCCACAAAUCCUUCCGGCCAUAACCCUGAUAGAACAGUCGGAUCCGGAAAGUACCAAACGGGCGAGAAUCUCUACUGGUAUAUGACCACAGACAAAUCGUACAAAUUGAACGUGGAUAACGCUCUAAAGUCGUGGUUUGAAGAGUACAAGGACUAUCCCUACGGACCCUUAAAGGGGUCUGAUUUUACAAGCAGCAAGGAGAUUGGACACUACACCCAGAUGAUAUGGUCCGAUUCUACAUACGUCGGUUGUGCAGUGUCACAAAAUCACGACGGAGACUGGAACAAAUUUACAGUUGUCUGCAACUACGGACCAGCUGGUAACUGGAUAGGCGAAGCGCCGUACAGAAAUGGCCACGGUAGUGGCAAACUUAUGUGCGGCGCCGGCGACUGCUCAAGACAGUACGGAAGCAAAUGCUGAACGCUCAUUGGCUAAAAGGACAACGCGAUUUGAUUGGCUGUUUCAGGGCUCUCCAAUCUUUUUGAGUGUUUGUCAAAACUUUGCAUUUACGUUUGACAGUCGCUGUCAGGAGCUAGGCUGUGCUACCGGUAAACUGGUGUUACUUUGAUUCAUGGGUUAACAUUGAUCAUCAUUUUUUUAACUAGAAGGAAAUUGGUUUCUAAUGCCGGGGCCACACUAACGGGAAACGCCGUUAAUUUGAUUAUCGCGAUAAUCUCAGUGUGGCCGUAUGAAAAGUGUAAAUUAUCGCGAUAAUUAAACGGUGUUUCCCGGCGUUUCCCGUUAGUGUAGCCCCGGCAUAAGCGCUUCCAUCGCGUAUAAUUACUAUAAUUAUCUGUUAAGGUUGUCAAACACCUAAACUCGCGUUCUAAAACCAACUCCCUAUUUCUCAAAAAUCGAUGAUCAAUGCUACGACACAAAUCAAAGUAACUCCAGUUUACCACCGACCGAGCCGUAGUUUGGAAAUCCCUGGAUUAGUUUAUCACUUUUUGACAUUAGACAUGUUCUCUUAUUAAAUUUAUCAAAAUAGAGGUACUUAAUGCGCCGUUAAAAUUAGAUCAGUAGAAUUUACAUUCCAAUCAUUUUACCGUCGGCGAAUGCGACUCGGUACCUCAAGUUUGUGGCAUGGGGUUGACUUUAACGAAAACGGGGCUACCUUGACCUACCUAAAUGUAUAGUUACUUAUCUAUUCAAUAGCACCACAUUUAAAUGUCACCCCAGUUUACGAUACAAAAGUUACAGCAUUUAAUUUUGAUUAACUUAUCACUUAAUCUGACCCAAGUACCAUGCAUUUUAUUUGAACAUUUAUUUAAUUUGAACCUUAGACAACAGUUAUGUCAACGACUCCAAAAUUACACAGUUUAUAUAACAUACCAACAUGUUGGUACGUAUCUAUAAUAUAAUAAUUAAGUACGACAAAGAGGCUUAAAUUAAAAUGGGAUACCUAGAAUAAAACGGUCCCUUUGUUUCCCAUAAAGUUUUAAGUCAUAAUGUAUUGUUUGUCAUAUUAUCGUUAGUCAUAAAACUGAAACCGUUAACUUUUCAGGAUUUUCGUAAGGUUAUUCUGUAGAUAGGUUAGGUUAGGUUAGGUUUGUUUUAUGGCAAUCCUGAAAAGUUACGCGUUUCUGAGAAAAACCAAUUAUGACUAACGAAAAUUCGGACAAACAAUACAUUAUGACUUAAAACUAUUUGGGAAACAAUAGAGACCCCAAUAUACGAAAUACUUCGUG